GCGGAGCUAUUGUUGCUCUUUGGGCUGCUGCUGCUGCUGGGCUAUCGAUGCAAAGCGGAAGCCUCGGUUAAAAGAAAAGUGCCUGUAAGAGGAAAAACCAAGAGGCCCAGGCUGAGCCGGUUGAUGAAAGCCACUCAGCAAACUCACAGGUCAACCAUCUACAGCAAGCCGCCGAAGGAGAGAAUCGGGCCAGUGCAAUCUGUCUUUGCCAUGUGUGUGUUUGCUGUGACUCUCUUGGGUCCUGCUGGAUGGAUCAUGCAUCACAUCCCAAUGUACCGGCAGAGAUCACCUCCCCAACCAUGACUUCUGCAUUCAGGAAGACAUCCACGUACCGUGAUUGUGUGUAGAUCUUUGAUAUGUAUAAUGAGGGGAUGUACAACUUCAUAAUCAAUGUGUUUCCCUGCAUAAAGACUUAAUAUGAUA